UUCAAAGUCUCCGGUCACACUCCGUGGAGAACCCGUGCAAAAGAAUCGGGCGUUUUAAAAAUUUAAUUUGUAGCUAAAUUAGGGCCCGCAAUGCGCUCAGAUCACCUGUGAAAAGCUCAGCUGGCUUAAGUCGUCGCUGGUGAACAGGUGCAGGGCAGCGCGGACUUCCGCCGAUAAGGAUUGCGGUCAGCGUUUCCGCCAGAGAAAAAUCGAUUGAGUGAUAACAGGCAGGGCUUGCGCUUACGCGUUUUUUUUUAAGGCAGAAGCUCUGGUGGAAUUGAGUCCGCGACAUGAAUUUGGACUUUGCGAAGGUGUGCGGCAAGCACAUAGGCGUCUACGAGGCCUACUACAAACAGAUUGACCCCAAAGGCACCGGGGCGAUUGAGGCCAUGACGGCGGCCAAGUUUCUCAAGAAGUCGGGCCUCAGCGACGUGGUCCUGAGCAGGAUCUGGGACCUGUCCGAUCCCAACGGCAAGGGCUUCCUGGACAAGCCGGGUUUCUUCGUGGCCCUUAAGCUGGUGUCGCUGUCGCAGGCGGGACAAGUGGCCAACAUGAACAACAUUUAUGUGGAAACUGCCAAUCCGCCGAAGGUGGGUGAAAUACCAAAAACGAUGCCGUCGCGCAUCCAGACGGUGCCGGUGUCCAGUGGCGGGGUGGCGAACGGCGACUGGUCCAUCGGUGUGAUCGAUCGGCUCAAGUACGAGCAGCUCUUUGAGUCGCUGAACCCGCACAACGGCAUGCUGCCGGGCAACAAGGUGAAGGGCGUGCUGAUGGACUCCAAGCUGCCGAUGAACAUCCUGGGCACGAUUUGGGAUUUGGCCGAUCAGGACAAGGACGGCAACCUGGACAAGCACGAGUUCAUUGUGGCCAUGCAUCUCGUCUACCAGACACUGCAAAAGCGCACAGUUCCCAGCGUGCUGCCGCCCGAGUUAAGGAAGCCUGGUGGCUCGGGACCACCUCCGCCCAAGCCCGCCAUGCCCCCACCACCGGCGGGGGCGGCCAUGCCGCGUGCUCCAAGCGGCGAGGGAUUCGGUGAUGGUGGCUUCGUUGCCAAUUUCCCCAAGGACAUUGCCCCGCCGGCGGCCAUUCCACCUCUGCCAGUGGCUGUGCCGCCUAUGACGCGCAUUCCCCCUGUGGGCGCUGUUAGCUCCCAGCCGCUGAUCCAAACGGAUCCGCUGAUACCCAUCGGAGCUCCGCCCUCCGUGACGGCCAACGCCGACUGGGUGGUCACACCGGCUGAACUGAAGCGCUUUGAGGACAUCUUCCGACAGUCGGACCUCGACAAGGACGGUCUAGUCUCCGGGCUCGAGGUGAAGGACAUUUUCAUCAAGUCGGGUAUACCACAGCGAAGCCUGGCGGAUAUCUGGGCUCUGUGCGACACCAAUCAGUCGGGCAAGUUGACUGUGGAGCAGUUCGCCCUGGCCAUGUGGUUCGUUGAGCGCAAGCAGCGCGGCGUUGAUCCGCCGCAUGUGCUCAACGCUAACAUGGUGCCGCCUUCAAUGCGCGCCGUUGUGUCCGGUGUGGACCUGCAGCCGCAGGAGGUGAAGCCCACGUACUCAAAUCCGGAGCUGGAGAUGAUAUCCAAGGAGAUCGAGGAGCUGGCACGCGAACGGCGAGUCCUGGAGACCGAGAUUGCCCAAAAAGAGGCGGAUGUGCGCAUCAAGAACGGCGAAGUGCGCAGUCUGCAGAGCGAACUGGACACUCUGACGGCCACGCUGAAGCAGCUGGAAAAUCAGCGAGGAGAGGCCCAGAAGCGACUGGACGACCUUCAGGCUCAAGUUAGCCACAAUACGGCCGUGCUGGCCAACGUAAGUCUUGACAUAUCGCGCACCAACGAUCAGGUGACCAAGAUACGCGACCAAUGCCAGAUGCAGGAGGAGACCAUCAACGAGCAGGAGGGCGAGCUGAACGCCAAGCGCUCAGAGCUGCAGAAGCUCAAGGAUGAGGAGACGUCGCUGCAAAAGGAGUACGACGACAACAACCGGGAGCUGUCCAAGUUGACCAAGCAUUUGCAGAACACUCAGCUGCAGAUCAGCUCGGUUCGCUCGAUGGUUACCCAGCUGAUGGAGACGCAGCGCCAGAUGACCGACGCCUUGCUCAUCUGCCGGGCUGCCAUGGAGAACCAGAACGCAGAGCUAGUGUCCGAGUACCAGCUGAAGAUCGAGCCGGACUUUGACGAGGCCCGCAAGACGAUGAACAAGGAGGUGGUUAUGCCCACGGACGAUCCCUUCGAGGAGAACAACAGCGGUGCGGCCAAUCAGGCCACCAAUGGCUUUGCCAGCGAUCCCUUCUCUGGCCAGCAGCAGGCCAGCAAGCCGGUCAUCUCCGCCGGCUUCGAUGACAGCUUCAACAUGAGCUCGGGCUUCGACAGUGGCUUCGAUGCCUUCAAUCAGAGCGGUGCCGGCACAGGAUUUGGACAGACGCAGCGGGAUCCCUUCGGUUCGGAUGCCUUUGCCGCUAACAAGAGCAACGCCAUCACCCCAGAGCCCGGUAAGGAUGACUUCGGCAGCGAUCCGUUUGCGGCACUGCAUGCGCCCACUGGCCAGGGUCAGGUGCUUAGCCCCAACGCGCAAAAAUCGGGUCCCCCGCCCAGACCGGAGUCCCCUAGUCCAGCAUUGCCGCCAAAGAAGUCCAAGGUGCCGCCCCCGCGACCAGCGCCACCAAGAGCAUCCCAGCCCACAAGCGGAUUUGGCGGCAGCGGCGGAGGGUUCGCUGACUUUGAGGACUUUGACAAUAAGCUUCACAACAUUCCAAGCACCACCACCACGCCCCUGCCCGCGUUAUCACCAGCUCCCCCGGUUCCCAACGCGAUUCCAUUCUCCUCUGGAGCGUCGCUGCUCGACAGCUUCUCGCUGUUUGACGAUCCCGUUGCGAGGCGCAGCCAGGCUGCCAGCACGCCCACACCCACAUCCACAGCCACCCUGCACCCAUUACUCCCGUCAUCAUCAUCCACGGCAGCUGCCUCAGCCUUAGCUGCGACCUCGGUAUUAGCAUCCGCAUUAGCCCCAGCGGCAACGGCGGGAUCGGGUGCCGUAGCGCCAGGUAGCACCACCACCGCCCCCAGCUCAAAUAACCAGCAUUUGUCGCGUUCCAAUACUCCGCUGCAGAGCUCGGGUCUGAGCCAGAGCAGUACGGGAUCGGCCCUGGGUUUGGGAUCGAGCGUCUUCGAUGCCUUUGGAGCGGCUAACAGCAGCAGCAGCAGCCAGCAGGCAGCCACUCCCAGCCUCAUCACUGGGCCCACGGACUUUAAGGAUGAUCCCUUUAAGGACUACCGCUACGAGGAUCCCUUCAGCAUCAAGGAUCCCUUUGCGGACGAUGAUGAGGGGGAUCUAGAAGGCCCAGGCAAGGGAGCCAGUCAGAAGAAGAGCUUUGCCGAGGACUUUAGUUCAGAGGAUGAAAUGGGAUCCACGACCAAGACGCUGAGUAAUAUAGCGAACAACAAUAACAGCAUUAAGCCCAAGGCCCACACGCCCCUUCAGAACGAUCUGCUGGCGCAGUUCGAUGCAUUCAACCUGAAUUCGAGUCCAGCGCCCUCGCACCACUCGAACACAUCUUCGCAUCACUCCAGCUCCAAGCCCCACCACCAGAAGUCCCAGACAGCGCUGGACGCAUUCGCUGAUUUCGAUGACUUUGCAGCCACGGCAGGAACAGGAACAGGACUAGGAUCCGGAACAGGAACGAAGAGCAUAACCACUAGCAAUACGAAACUCAACGAUUCCUUCUUCGAUGCAUUUAAUGACAACUUUGGUGGGAACCAGAACUCAACGGCGGCAUCCAUUGGAGCAACGACCAAGCCCAGCGAUCAAAAGGCUGCCUUCAAUGACAACUUCGACGAUAACUUCAAGGUGGGCCAUAGCCAGCUCGACAAUCAUAACUUUGCCAAGUUCGAUGCCUUUGAGGCGCACAACUUCUCGAGUGACUUUGGCAACAGCUCCUUUGGCAAGGAGAAACAAAACGGCCACAGCAAGGCCAAGAAGGAGCCCAGCAAGGACAAGUUCGAGGCGGACUACUCAAAGCCAGAGAGCUUCGAUGCCGAUCUGGAGGAGGCGCUCAAGCGUAGCAUGGUGGACAACUAGAAAGGAUGAAUGAUGUGAUGGAUGGAUCGAUCCCCCGGGAAAUCUCCGAUGACGCGAGCAAUGUUCACUCUCUCGCUCUCUAUUCGCCCCACGAUCCGAUCUUGUAUUAGUGUUUAGUGCUUCUUCGUUCUCGCUUCGAUCAAAACUUAUGGAUAAUCCAAUACGAUUACUUUUACUUUGUGCUCCUCUCUUCGUGCUCAAGGAUCCAGGCGAAUAGAGAGUUCCAACGGAGCCACUGCUACAAUAUAUAUACAGAUAUAUUAUAUACUCGUAGAGCCUAAUGAAUAUUAUGAUUUAACCUGUACCAAAACCCUAUGAAUAAUAAACGAAUGGAAUAAUAA